AUGUAUUUUCUCUUAGUACUUCCUGCUCCAGACCAGCUGACUGUUGACUCAGUAGACACCACAUCAGCUGCUGUUAGCUGGAACCAGCCACCAGGAUUGGACCAAACCCAACAUCAUUACCAGAUCUCCUACCAGUGUCCAGGGACAGAACCACACAUCACUACCACAUCUUCACACAGCAUCACUCUCUCUGACCUGCAAGGUGGUACUCAGUACUCUGUCACUGUCUGCACUGAGCUGGAAAAUGAAAAGCAAAGUGAACUGGUGUCAACAACCCUCACCACAGACCAGCUGACUGUUGACUCAGUGGACACCACAUCAGCUGCUGUCAGCUGGAGCCAGCCACCAGGAUUGAACCAAACCCAACAUCAUUACCAGAUCUCCUACCACUGUCCAGGGACAGAACCACACAUCACUACCACAUCUUCACCCAGAUUCACUCUCUCUGACCUGCAAUGUGGUACUCAGUACUCUGUCACUGUCUGCACUGUGCUGGAAAAUGGAAAGCAAAGUCAACUGGAGUCAACAACCCUAACCACAAUACUUCCUGCUCCAGACCAGCUGAAUAUUGACUCAGUGGACACCACAUCAGCUGCUGUUAGCUGGAACCAGCCACCAGGAUUGAAUCAAACCCAACAUCAGUACCAGAUCUCCUACCACUGUCCAGGGACAGAACCACACAUCACUACCACAUCUUCACACAGCAUCACUCUCUCUGACCUGCAAUGUGGUAAUCAGUACUCUGUCACUGUCUGCACUGUGCUGGAAGAUGGAAAGCAAAGUGAACUGGUGUCAACAACCCUCACCACAAACCAGCUGACUGUAAACUCAGUGGGCACCACAUCAGCUGCUGUUAGCUGGAGCCAGCCACCAGGAUUGGACCAAACCCAACAUCAUUACCAGAUCUCCUACCACUGUCCAGGGACAGAACCACACAUCACUACCACAUCUUCACACAGCAUCCCUCUCUCUGACCUGCAAGGUGGUACUCAGUACUCUGUCACUAUCUGCACUGUGCUGGAAAAUGGAACGAAAAGUCAACUGGUGUCAACAACCCUCACCACAAUACUUCCUGGUCCAGACCAGCUGAAUAUUGACUCAGUGGACACCACAUCAGCUGCUGUUAGCUGGAACCAGCCACCAGGAUUGGACCAAACCCAACAUCAUUACCAGAUCUCCUACCAGUGUCCAGGGACAGAACCACACAUCGCCACCACGUCUUCACACAGCAUCACUCUCUCUGAGCUGCAAGGUGGUACUCAGUACUCUGUCACUGUCUGCACUGUGCUGGAAAAUGGAAGGCAAAGUCAACUGGUGUCAACAACCUUCACCACAAUACUUCCUGCUCCAGACCAGCUGACUGUUGACUCAGUGGACACCACAUCAGCUGCUGUUAGCUGGAACCAGCCACCAGGAUUGGACCAAACCCAACAUCAUUACCAGAUCUCCUAUCACUAUCUAGGGACAGAACCACACAUCACUACCACGUCUUCACACAGCAUCACUCUCUCUGACCUGCAAUGUGGUACUCAGUACUCUAUCACUGUCUGCACUGUGCUGGAAAAUAGAAAGAAAAGUCAACUGGUGUCAACAACCCUCACCACAGGACCUUUUCUCAGGGAGCUGUUGUCAAAGACUGGACUAGAAGAUCAUUAUGAAAACAAGCUGACGUUAAGUUCUGUCCUUGAGAUAAAUGCUGAUACUACAUCAGAUGAACCUCUUCCCACUAUGCAGUCACUUCCAGGGGCCUUCCUGAAGAAAUUAAUGAUGGCAAAUGUGAAUGCUAGGAGUGUGAAAUGUCUGACCACUGACCAGGAGGUUUCCUAUUGUGGAGUAGGCAACCUGAACACUGACACUGAUAGCAGCAAUGUAAUUAAUCCACUGGACCUGAUAACUGCCCUGUUUCUGUGUUCAGAUGGUUUCCUGCAGCAAGAGAUGGUCCAGAAAAUGUCCAUGUGUCAGUUUGCUGUUCCUCUGCUGCUGCCCAACUGUGACACAGAAAAAAUCACUUUGAUGCUCUGGGCCUUGAGGGACAUAGUGAGGAAGUUUAGACCCUCUUCCCAAACGGCCACAAAUGCUUUUGUGGAGGAGAGAAUUGUUGUCUCUGAUAUUCCUAUGGUGUCCUUUGUUAGGUUAGGAGAGAGCAGCCUGUUCAAGUCUCAGAUCUUGAACAAGUUGCUUAGUAACCCUCAACAGUACCAUGACACUUUUGUUCAUCAUAAUAUGGAAUGUGGCGAUGUCCCUCGUCAAAUCUCAGAUGGUCUGGUUGAAAUCAGCUGGUACUUUCCAUGUGGGAACAGAAACAUAGACAUGUUCACUAAGCCUGUGGCGGUGGCCAAUCUCAGAGGAGACAUCAGGUCCUUUGAAACACAGUUCUCCUUUCUGUGUCAAACAUCAGCUGCAGUUUACAUUUUCAUUGAUGAUUUUGAGGCAGAUCUCAAGGUUUUAGGAGGCAAAAUCACAAAAGCAGAGUUAUAUCUGGUUGUCAAUUCUCAGAAAAAAACAUUCAGGUUGGACACAUUGAAGAAAAUGAUCACAAACUGCAGGAUUAAAGAAACAAAUGUGAUUGUGAAGAAGAAGCAGAAUGAUGCAGAAUUUGUCAAAACCCUGCAUUCAUCUGUGGGUGAUGUCAUCGAACAAAGAAAAAACAGAUUGACAAUUGAAAACAUGGUUGACGUGGCUCAUCAGUUUGGGAUUCUGGUUGAUGAAGACAGUGAUGAGUGUCAGAGUGCCAGGAAGAUGGCAGAUGAAAUCACCAGGAACUUCAAAGGCACAAUGAAAUGCAAAGACAAACAGCUACCCUUACAAGGGCAAAUCUGGAAAGAGCUUUCCCAGUUGGAGAAAGAGAGGUGUAGACUGAGAAAAGCAGGGGUUCAAGACAUUGAACACUACAAGAGCUCUCUGAAGAAAAAGGAGGAAGGGCUGAGAGAGAAGCAAAAUACAUUUGACAUGUCAGAUGCAAUGGCAAGCUUCAUUUCAGGAUUGUCUAGUUCAGGAGCAGAGCGAUCCUAUUUCCUCAAAUGGAUGCGGAUAAAUCUGGACAAUCUGUCACGGCAGAAUCUGUCUGCUUUGCGGGACCAGUACAAAGAUCUUUGCCAAAAUUCUCCGGAGAAAAAAGACGACAUUAAAGAUUUGGAUAGGCAAAUGUCUGAUUGUUCCUUGGGUCUUGAACACUUCCUGCGUGAGUUGGGCCAGUUAUAUGAGUCUGCCUGCUCCCUCCCUGAAGACAGUCCUCAAAGGAAACAGAUGGAGCAUCUCCCUGGAUUUUGUGCUCAGAUGCUGUUGGAUGGUUUCCCCAUUGAGCUUGUGGAUGGAGAUGCAUCAAAUAUCCCUCUGAAAUGGAUAUCAGGUAUUCUGACUCAGCUUCAUACUCUUGUCCAAUCCAACAGCAAGAUCCGGGUGGUCACAGUUUUAGGGGUCCAAAGCACAGGGAAGUCCACUCUCCUCAACACCAUGUUUGGGGUCCAGUUUGCUGUCAGCAGUGGAAGAUGCACCAGAGGGGCCUUCAUGCUACUGAUUAAAGUCAACAAUGAACUCAAGGAGGAGUUGAAAUGUGACUUCAUCAUGAUCAUUGACACAGAGGGGUUGAAAUCACCAGAUUUGGCUCAACUAGAUCAUAGCUAUGAACAUGACAACGAACUGGCAACACUGGUGAUUGGACUAAGUGAUGUCACUAUCAUCAACAUUGCCAUGGAAAACUCCACAGAGAUGAAAGACAUUCUACAGAUUGUUGUUCAUGCUUUUAUCAGGAUGAAGGAAGUGGGGAAGAAGCCGAUAUGUCAUUUUGUGCACCAGAAUGUGUCAGACAUGUCUGCUCAUGACAACAACAUGAGGGACAGAAAGAAGUUGUUGGAACAGUUGAAUGAGAUGACCCAGGCAGCAGCCAGAAUGGAGAAGAAGGAGAAUAUCACUAAGUUCACUGACGUGAUGGAGUAUGAUCCAGACACAAGCUGCUGCUACAUCCCAGGACUCUGGCAUGGGACUCCCCCUAUGGCUCCAGUCAAUGCUGGAUACAGUGAGGCUGUGUACAGCUUCAAGAAGACCUUGAUGAAAGAUUUCAGAAAAUGCCAGAGAAAUGAUGGCUUGAUACAUUUCCUGAAGUGGACACAAAGCUUGUGGGAGGCAGUGAAAUUUGAGAAAUUCAUCUUCAGUUUCAGAAACAGCUUGGUUGCAGAUGCGUACUCCAGAUUAUGCUCUGAGUACAAUGGUUGGGAAUGGACCUUCCAGAAGGAGAUGUAUACAUGGAUGGUGAGUGCUGAAACUAAAAUAUCCAAUAUUGUCAUGACAGAUCAACAUCCCCAGAGGUCCAUAAGAGAUGUGCUACAAGACUUCAUGAUAGAAGCAUCUAGGAAGCUUUCAUUGGGAGAAAAGGAAAUCCAAGAAAAUCUAGUAAAAUACUUUGAAAAGCAAGAUGGCCAUGUGGAUCUGGUGGAAAAAUACAAGGAGGACUUUGUGUCCAGUGCCAAAACACUGAGACGAGAGACAGAAAAUACUGUGAAGAACAAACUGCAAGGAGCUGUUGAAAUCAAAGAGGGAAUGACAGAACUGAACAACAUCAAGAGUUCUCAGGCAAGUACAAUGGAAAAGAAGGUUCUGACUCUGCUACAGAACUGUAGAAAGAAAGAAUCUGGUCUAUCAGAUGAAAAACUCAGGGAGGAGUUUGAAAACAUGUGGGAGAAAACUAUUUGUGAGAUGCACUUCAAAGGACUCCAAAGAAGAGAUGUGGCUCAAGGUGCCUUCCUUAUGUUAAGGGGAAAUCUAUCAACAAGGGGUGGCCACGUCAAUAGUAUGGUUGUUAGAAACAACCUGGUGGAAUGUGGUAAAAAAGAAUUUGCUGUGGAAUCUGGGGAUUUAGUGGAGAAUUUGGGUUGCUUAGUUAAGCACUGGGACAUCGACCAUUACAGGAAAACACUACAAGAGUUGUGUGAUGACAUCAUAACACAGUGUCAGUUGUUUAUAACACAGAAGGUGGAAAGCAAAACAGAUUACCACGACACUUACAUCAAAGAGCUGCUGAACAAGAUUGAUGAAACAUUGCAACAACAGAAGAAUGUAAAAAUCAGUGAGGAAUGUGAGGUUUCUCUGAAGCUACACAUCUGUGGCAUAGCAGUCAGAGAGUUCCAGAAGAUGCAUAAUCAUUUCAUUGAAGUUAAUGACCCAAAGAAGUGUCUGGAAAAGUCUAAGAACGAGUACCUUACUGAGUUCAAAGACUUAUUUCAUAACCGAGACCGGUGCCAAAAGAAAGCUGAGGAGUUCACAAAGCUCUUACGGCCAGCUGUACAGGACUACGUGACAAAAAUGAUUGGUCUUGAUGUGGUUGAUGAAGUGAAGACAGGUGAAGGGUCAGAGGAUUACAGCACACGAGGGGCUUUCCAGUUCUCAAUUUUGAAACAGCUCCUGACAGAUGGAGAAUAUGGUAAAUAUAAAAGGUACAUUAAUCAUUAUGAAAUGUUUGUGAAGGACUGGCUGUUUGACCAGAUUGUCCAACAAUUGUCAAAGGAUAGCAGUCUGGAGAAAUUGGAAAAUAAACAUAUUUCAGAGAUAGUCAAGGCGAUCACUGACACAAUCUCUAAUAUCAGAGAAACAACUGGCACAAAAAAUGUAAAUGAUGUCAAGACAUUCAUUCAGAACAUCUGCAGAGCUCUUGAAGAUAAGCUGGUCCUCAAGGAUGCUCUGGAGUCCAUCUUGAUUCUGAACACUGCAGACACAAAACAGUUUGCUGACUACCUAACAGAUUCUGUGGGAGAAAUGAAGCAGUCUCUGGUAGCUGAGUACGAUAAGGGAGGAGACAUUGAAAAGAGACUCAGAUCUCUGCCAUUCAAGCCUCAGGACAAGAUGUUCACCAGUCUGUUUGGCUGUGGCAAGCAAUGUCCUUUCUGCAGUGCACCCUGUGAAGCAGGGGGGAAGGAGCAUGCCGAACACUUUACAUCAAUUCAUCGUCCACAAGGAGUCAGUGGCUGGAGGAAUUCAAAGACACAGGUGUUACUAACUGCCAUAUGUUCCUCCAAAGUGAUUAGUGACAACACAUUCAAAACCUCCCUGACAGAACACAAAUCUCACCCCUACAAGGACUACCAUAAAUAUUACCCUGACUGGAUCAUAACUGGAGAUCCCAGCAUCAAGGCUUCAGACUACUGGAAGUAUGUGAUGGCCAAAUUCAAUGAGACAAUUGCUAAAGACACACAUGCACAAAAUGCUGAUAUCCCAGAGGACUGGAAGGCAUUAGCACCUGGUGAUGCAUUGAAGAGCUUGAAAGAGGCUUUCAACAUGAAAUAAAGUGGAGUUCUAAUGUAUGUAAUGACUGUUGUUUACCAAAAUGUUAACGUAUAAUUGAACAUUCAAAGACUCGACAACCAGAAAUAACUCUCAUGAGAUGGAUAUAUCACAGAAUCAAAAUAUAAGGAGCUAGUUGCCCAGAGUUGUUGAAAUAAUGUGCAGAUCUGGAAAUACACAACUGGAUCACAGAAAGUCAUAUUUACAAAUACAUUCAUAAACAAUAUGACCUGUUAGCAAUUUACAUAUCUGCGUUUUCAUCCUAAUGUAAGUUCUAUUGUGAAAAAAUGCAUUUCUUGUUUCAUAUAGAGAUAUUACACAUUCAUUAUACUUUAAAUAAUUUACUUAAUAAUCAUUUUUGAUAAAGUAGAUUUAAAUCAUGUUUUAUUGGGCCAUACCUUAAUAGUGUUCAAUGCCAUGGCCGGUUUUGAAGGUAAAUUCAGCAAAAAAAGAAACGCCCUCUCACUGUCAACUGCCUUUAUUUUCAGCAAACCUGUCUAGGACACACGUUCCACUAGCGGAAACCUCCCCAACAUUCCACUGAAAAGGCAGCGCGGGAAAUUAAAAAAUAUUUGUUAGAAAUAUUUAACUUUCACACAUUAACAAGUCCAAUACAGCAAAUGAAAGAUAAACAUCUUGUGAAUCCAGCCAACAUGUCCGAUAAAAAAAAAAAUAUGUUUUACAGCGAAAACACAACAUAUAUUUAUGUUAGCUCACCACCAUAUAAAAAAAACACAGCCAUUAUUUCACAGCAAAGAUAGCUUCACAAAACCCACAAAUAGAGAUAAAAUGAAUCACUAACCUUUGAACAUCUUCAUCAGAUGACAGUCAUAUGACAUCAUGUUACACAAUACAUUUAUGUUUUGUUCAAUAAUGUGCAUAUAUAUAUAAAAAAAUUCUCAGUUUACAUUGGCGUGUUACGUGCAGUAAUGUUUUGAUUCCAAAACAUCCGGUGAUUUUGCAGAAAUACUCAUAAUAAACAUUGAUAAAAGAUGCAAGUGUUAUUCACAGAAUUAAAGAUAAACGUAUCCUCUAUGCAACCGCUGUGUCAGAUUUUUUUUUAAACUCCCAGGAUUCCCAAUUCGACAAUAAAUGACUGAUUUGUUCCAUAAAGUUCCAUAAAGCCCAUCAUUUAGCCACUUGUUGUUAGUAUGUUCAGCCCAGUAAUCCAUUUUCAUGACGCACGAGCAAUCCCUCCAGACAAAAACUCAAAAAGUUCCGUUACAGGUCGUAGAAACAAGUCAAAUGAUGUAUGCAAUCCAUAUUCAGGAUGUUUUUAACAUUAAUCAUCAAUAAGGAUCCAACCGGGGAAUUUCAUUGUCUGAAGAAAAGGCAUUGGAAUGAGAGCACUCUCUCUCAUGAGCGCGCACAAUGAGAGCGAGAAUUUCUGCAGACCACUCAGUAAAAUAGCUCCUAUGAGCCCCUCCUUUAUAGUAGAAUCAUAUAACCAGAAUCUCAGGUUUUUGUCUGCCAUAUGAGUUCUGUUAUACUUACAGACAUAAUUCAAACAGUUUUCGGAACUUCAGAGUGUUUUCU